AUCAUCAACUUUUGUUGUGAAACUACAAACUUGAAUAGAAAGAACGAAAAUUUGAUUCAAACAUCAUUGUUGGUAUCGUCGUAGGUAACAUAGCAUUUGGUAGAAGAAUUCAAAAUGGGAAGAGGAAAAUUCAAGAGCAAGCCCACCGGUCGCCGCCAGUUUUCCACCCAGGAAGACCUCCUUGCUGGAACCUCUACUCGUCCUCGAACUUUUAGACAGAAAGAAGCUGAGAAUGAAGAGGAACCUGAGGUAGUAUCUGGGGAUGAAUCUGGAGAAGAAUCUGAUGGAGAAACCAAAAAGAAAAAAGGAACUCAAGGGAUUAUUGAGAUUGAAAAUCCUAACUUGGUAAAGCCAAAGACCUUGAAAGCUAGAGACGUUGACGUUGAAAAGACAACCGAACUUUCAAGGCGUGAAAGAGAGGAGAUAGAGAAACAUAAAGCUCAUGAACGCUAUAUGAGGUUGCAAGAGCAAGGAAAAACAGAUCAAUCAAAGAAGGAUUUAGAACGAUUAGCUCUUAUACGUCAACAAAGGGCAGAAGCUGCAAAAAAGAGAGAUGAAGAGAAAGCUGCCAAAGAGAAGAAGAAGGCUGAAACACUCAAGUGAAUGUCGUGUGACCUAAUCUUACUCCAAUCAGUAGGAUGAAUAUAUUAUAUACUCUCACUACUCUUAAAUAUUGUGUCCAUUUAGCUUUAUAAUGGAUCGUAUACGGCGAUACCAUUCCAAGUCGGUAACAUGUAAUGAAACUAUCCCAGCAUCAUGUGGCUUGAAAUCUUUGAUUAAAUAAACACUUUUCUUCAUGUA